CGGGCAGGUGUGGUCGUGCAAAACAGACCAGCCCCUGUUUCUCCGCGAGAAUGUUGCGGUUGAUGGUAGAGGGGUUUCAAGAAGACGCGCCUUUAGCAGGAAAUCAGCCGUGACUACCUCUACCGAGGCUAUUCGCUCGCCUUGCUUGGCUGGACCAAUGAUUAAUGGAGGAUCGAUGAAUGAGCAUUCCUCAGAGGGUGAGACGGCUGUGAGCCAGGAAUGUUGUCAAGAUUUGAUACUCGUUCUGGCCAUCCAAUCUAUUCUGUGACUGCAUUGUUGAUAGGCGUAAGCUUAUCAUCCCACGAUGUUGCCCUCACCUGCGUGUGCCUAUAUAAGCACCAAGUUCGUGAUGGGGACGGCCACCUCAACUCAGCAACUCGGACAGAUCCAAACCGCCUCGUCCCAUAUCUCUAACCAGAAAAGUCAACAUGGUAGCGACCAUCCGACUUCUCAGCGGCCUUGUAGGCUCGCUCAGCUUCCUUUCUCUCGCCUCGGCUGAGCCACAAGUCCGAGAUGAUGUCCGCAUCAUGGCCCUGGGUGAUUCCAUCACUGGCAAUCCAGGCUGCUGGCGCGCCCUCCUUUCCCGCAAGCUCAACGCCACCAACAUCACCCCACCCCUUCCCUACUCCCAAAUCCGCUUCGUCGGCACCCAAUCCCGCACCUACUGCGGCUACGGCUCCGCCUACGACUGGCCGCACGAAGGGCACGGCGGAUAUCUCGCAACGGACAUUGCCCAAGACACCGUUCCCAUUCUCGGCAGUCCAGUCUCGCAGCCUCUCCUCCAGUCCUGGCUCACCGCCCCCGGCGUCGCCCCCGUGGACAUCAUCCUCAUGCACCUAGGCACCAACGACAUCUGGCAAAAUCGCACCGCCAUCCAAAUCAUCAACGCCUACGGCCAGCUGUUGGAUCAGAUGCGCGCCGUCAACCCUAACAUUCGCCUUCUUGUCGCCCAGAUCUUGCCCAUGGAGCCGGCGAAUUGCCCCGAGUGCGCGGCGAAGGUCAGGAUGCUGAAUAGGUAUAUUUCGAUCUGGGCGCAGUAUGUUACUCGCCAACAGAGUCCGGUGGUGGCAGUUGAUCUGUAUUCGGGUUUCAAUGCGACGAGGUAUACCACGGAUGGAGUCCACCCGAAUGCGAGGGGUGAUGAGGCGAUUGCGACGGGGUGGGUGGGGGCGGUUAUACGGUCUGUUCGGGACGUGUUGGCUCAGAGAGAUGUAAGGGUUUGACGGGUUAAUAUUCGAGAAGUGGCUGAUGGAGGAUGUGUGAGUUGGGAAGAUAGAACAAAGAGAGGAAGGAUUUGGUCUAGGGAUUUGGCGGUAGCUGGUCUGGUCCGAUAACCUAGCUUGUGGAAAAUGGCGAUUCUGUUCCUUCAGCAUCUGAUGUUUUUGCUUCUUCGAAGGGGGUGGAAGUAUGAUCCUUAUUUUUUGUUUUGUUUGCACAAUAAAGCAGGUUUCGAUUUGGGGAUAAAGAAGAAGAGGAGAUUAAGGCAACCGCCUCCUUCCCAGGGAGCCAUUGAUAUCGCUGUCCAGGUCUCUUAAUUCUUGAAAACCCGUUUUGGAUGAACGAUAUUCAUUCAAAAGCUCACGGUCAU